CCCACCCUUCAACAACAAACCCCGAACUUAAAUAUGUUCUAUUUUUUUAAAAGAUUAGACGCUAACAUUAAGUUUUUGAAAGAUUAGACAGUCAACUAAAAAUAACAUGAGAGAAACCCUGCUGCACAGACAUUUCCCAAUAAAAAAUUGCUAGUAGCCAGCUGCUCUCUGCGUGCUCAUUCAUAAAUAAAUAAUUUUCAGUUAAAUAAAUAAAUAAAUAAAUAAAUAAUAAGAAAGAAAGAAGAAGAAUAAAGAAAUUGAGUUUUGGGCAGGCCCAAUUAUUUCACUUUUCUCACUUAAUCCGAUGGCAGCAUUUUCAUGCUCACAGAAUUUCCUCACUCAAUCUGCAGCUUCCAUCAACUAACAGAGCAGGAGCUACAGCAUUUCAUGCUCUCGAUGUUGCAGGAUCCUGAUGGAUGAUAAAGAAAAACGGAAAGAAGGCGUCGAACUGAAUAUGCCGGAAAAGAAAGCCGCAGGUGGCAGUGCAGCAGAAGUGUUGAUAACUAUUUCAAGUGAAGGAACACCUCCAGAAGGAUCUAGUAAUUCAAAAGACCCGGAAAGUUUUGCUCUUAAAGAAUCAGGAAGCCCGCCCGUUGGCGGCGGCAUUUAUGUUACAAGAAGAGGGUCGAAACCACAUGGUAUCGAUACUGCCACAAUGUCCGAGGAGGAGAAUUGUUUCACUGAGCAAGAACAACUUGUCACAAAUGCCCAUUGCUCAGAUCCACUUGAUAAGGGGUCUUCUGAUAAGUUGCCUGCUUCUGGUUCUUUUGUGGACUAUAGUCAAGAAGGACCAGAAGAUGACAGGGAUAAUGCGGAGGAGACUGCCGAGGAGAUCGAUUUGAGUGAAGAGAAUCGUAGGGGAAUACGUGUGAAGGCCAUAAUUAAGUGGGUUGCAUUUGCCUGCAAUGUGGGGUGCUUUGUGGCGAGUUUGACUUGCAAGAAACUGGGAAGGACUAUGAUUUGGGGUUUUGAGUUUUGGAGGUGGUCUGCGCUUUUGAUGGUGACUUUUGGCACCAUGUUGAUCACUCAUUUGUUUUUGCAUCUUUUCAUUUUCUUUAUUGACAGGUGCUUUUCGUUAAGGCGGAAGAUAGCUUAUAUUGUUUAUGGAAUAAAGAGGAGCAUUCAAGUGUUUAUUUGGACCGUUUUAGUUAUUCUUGCUUGGGCAUUUUUAUUCCGCCACGGAGCUGAGCGAUCUAAGACUGAUGCCAAUAUUUUGAAUUAUGUGACUAGGAAUCUUAUUUCCCUUCUUAUUGGCUCAUUCUUGUGGUUGUUGAAGUCUUUGUGGAUGAGGAUUUUGGCAUCUAAUUUCCACGUGAAGGCAUUUUUCGAUAGGAUUCAAGAAUCACUGUUUCAGCAGUAUAUUCUGGAAGUACUGUUAGGACCUCCACUCAUGGAGUUGGCUGAGAAGGUCACGGAAACACCUACCGAAGGUGCAUCGAGUCUCCGGUCUGCUAGAAAGAGUAAAAGAACGAAAGAUAAAAAAGUGAUUAACAUGCGAAAUCUUCGUAGAAUGAACACACAAAAGGUUUCAACUUGGACCAUGAUGCGUUUGGUUGAUUUGGUCAAAACUUCAGUGCUGUCUGUAGCCACUGACACGUUUGAUGAUGAUGAAGGAAAAGAAGAAAUUACAAAUGAGCUUGAAGCAACAGAUGCCGCCUAUAAAAUUUUCAGGAACGUUGCAAAGCCUGAUUUCAAGUACAUUGAUAAAGACGACCUCUUGAGGUUCAUGAUAAAGGAGGAGGUGGAUCAUGCUAUUCUAUUAAUUGCAGGAUAUGAGACUGGACAGAUAGAUAAGAAAACCCUAAAAGAGUGGGUGGUGAAGGCUUACAAUGAUCGGAAAGCACUUGCAUGUUCUUUGGAUGAUACCAGUAUAGUCGUUAAGCAACUGAACCAACUUGUGACGUGGAUUCUGGUUGUUGUUCUCAUUAAUAUUUGGCUUCUUUUGAUGGAUCUUUCAUCGACACAAGUAAUCCUAUCGCAGCUUUUGGGGGCAGCUUUUAUUUUUGGGAACACCUGCAAAAAUAUAUUCGAAGGAAUUAUAUUUGUACUUGCUGUGCAUCCAUUUGAUGUUGGUGACCGUUGUGUCGUUGAUGGGGUCGUGAUGUUGGUUGAAGAAGUGAACAUCUUCACAAUAGUUCUGUUGAAGACCGAUAAUGAAAAGGUGUAUUAUCCAAAUUCAGCUUUGGCUACUAAGCCCAUCAGCAAUUAUAAUAGAAGCCCUGAUAUGGGUGAUAAGGUGGAGUUCUCAGUAGAUAUUGCGACACCACCAGAGACAAUUGGGCUGCUAAAAGAAAAAAUUAAGCAGUAUAUUGAGGUGAAACCCAAUCACUGGCAUUCUGACCCCCUUAUUAUGGUGAAGGAAAUCGAGGAUGAGAAUAAGCUAAAGAUGGCUGUCUACUGCAUACACACAAUGAACUUCCAAGAUUUAAGAGGGAAGAACAAGCGGCGGACAGAACUGGUCAUGGAGAUGAAGAAAAUAUUCGAGGAGCUAAAUGUGAAAUACACGCUUCUCCGCUAACCUCAGAACCAGCAACUGUGAUCGAGGAAUCAACCUUUUGUGCAUGCCAGAUCGACUUUCGGCUGUCAGAAACUGUGUGCUUGUUCUCAUUCUCUUUCUCUGUUGUUGUGCUCAAAGAUGAAUACUGAUGUUCGCAAUUGUCGUGUCAGGUUUGCGUUGUCUUAUAUUCGCAAGAUUACAUUUUUGAGUGUUUCAAUUGCUAUUUGGAUGUGAGCCACACAUCAAAUUGAUGGCCAUCCUUUAAUUAGUCCUCUCCUGCAGUUUUAUUUGAAUUAAA